AUGAAGAAAAUUUUGAUUCAGGAACUGACGGCGCUGCUGGAGAGGCAGGCGGAGAGAGCCGCCGAGGCCGACAAGCGCCUGGAGCGUUUGGAGAGGCUGCUGUAUAGAGAGCCCUCCGCGGGGACCGGGACGGGCACGACGGCCGGAGUUGUGCGCGACAGUGAGACAGGAGCGGUGAGCAGGAUGGAGAACUCUGAGCCGACGCUCAGACACGCCGUGACAGUGGGGGAAACGUGGAGUGCCCAUGUCACGUGCCAAGACCUCUGCGGCACCAAGGGACAUUUCGUGGCCCACCUGUCGGCCUACAAGAGGGACCGCAGUCGGCCGAGUGUCGCCCAUGCCGCCGCCGCCACCAAUCGUCAGUUUCUUGAGCGUUGCCCUACCUGUGGCCGUCGCCAGCACGACGGCGGAGACACGUGUCGCGCCGCUGGCGCCAUCUGUCGUGCGUGUGGGGAACGGGGACAUUUUGAUGUGGUGUGCCACCAGAGGGCCACCGCCACGGCCGAUCGUCCAGUGGCCCCAUCUGCAGUGACAACAGUAUGCGACUCUCCGGGGGUGGCGCUAGUAGCGGUAGCCGCCGGCACCGCCGUGUCACCGCCGCCGGCGGACACGGGCCAAGCCGGGCACACUGCGCUGCAGUCCACGGAGCUGAGUGACGCUGCUGACGUCCACGGAGCCUCGCCGCCGCCGGCGGGGGGCUGGCCAACGCAGACCACGGACAGUAAUGAAGCCCCGGACAACGCCGUGUCACCGCCGCCGGCGGACACGGGCCGAAUCGGAUGUGCUGCGGCGCAGCCCACAGAGCCGGACGGAGCUACGGACGCCUACGGAGCCUCGCCGCCGCCGGCGGGAGGCAUUCCAACGUGCAGCACGGACGGAGUCGGGCAGUCUACCAGGCCGGCUGCCGCCUACGGCGCCUCGCCGCCGCCGGCGGGAGGCCUACCCACGCGGACCAGGGACGGAGGUACAGCCGCCGGCUACGCCGUGUCGCCGCUGCCGGGGGACACCAGCCAAGCCGACUGUUGUGCGGCACAGCCCACCGAGCUGAGUAAGACUACUGACGUCUACGGAGCCUCGCCGCCGCCGGCGGGAGGCAUGCCAACUCGAAGCACGGAUGGAGGCCCAGCCGCCAGCACCGCCAAGUCGCCGCCGCCGGCGGGCACCGGCCAAGCCGGCUGUAGUCAUGCGGCGCAGCCUACCCAGCUGGCUGACGCCUACGGAGCCUCGCCGCCGCUGGCGGGAGGCCUGCCAGUACGGAGUGGGGACGGAGACCCACCCGAACAAAUGGGAGCGACUCACGCCGCCGCGCUCCUCCGUACGCCGCAGGGAUGCGUGUCCGCCGGUGACAAGUCCAACCGGCGCGGUGACACGAACCUCGGUGACACCACCCUCCACUCGGUCGAGGUGGUGGAUGAGCUGUCCGACCGUCGAUGA